UGAGGCUCAGCCCUCCUCGGAGCCCACCAUCUCGAGGCUCCCAGACUGUAAGGGACCCCUGCAGUCCCCAGAGCUGAGGCCGGCAGGGGCUGAGACUAUGAGGCAAGCAGCCCAUCGACCCAGGCCUCCUUAGGACCAGCCCAGCCACCCAGCAAGCGAGACAGCAGCAGCAGAGAGCGGAGCCGGAGAUAAAGGACCACAGCGGACCACUGGGGAUCCCCAGCAGCUCCUGAAGCCCCUGGCCAGGCUGAGGGGUUUCGACGGAUGGCCAGACACACAGACACUGACAGACACACAACAACACCGAUGCACACAGCUGCACGACACUGACACACUCAGAUACAACCAGUGACAGCAUCACAUACUGCCACAGCCCUGCAAUACAGACACCCACACACAGAGAAACAACUGGCAACUCUGAAAUGGGCAGACAGUGACACACAGCACCACCCCCCUCAACACGUAGAAGUGGGGGCACCCAUCUUCCCAACGCACAAGGCAGCAUUGAGCUGCACGGACAGACCUGGAGACACACACGCACACCCUCACCCAGGCGCAGCUGUCGGUGGCCUCUGCACAUCCUCCCCACCCCCACGGGGGACACCCUCGCUUCUCCACAUACUGGCGCACACACAUAGCCACCAGCAAACAUAGCUCACAUAUCCCUGGCUCCAGCUCUGGCAGCCCUGGCACCUUCUGCAGCCUCCUUUGUGGGUGGGGAAGAGCUCAGCCAACCUUGGAUGGAGCAUCGGUGAAGCAAGAGCUCAGAGGGGAGAGGAGCUGGCCUGGCAUGACCCUCGCCAGUCCCCUCAGCUGGCUGGGUGAUGUCCCCCGGCCCGGGUUCUGGAGCCCCUUGGCAGUACUAUGGAGCAACUGACAACCCUCCCACGGCCUGCGGACCCUGGAACCAUGGAGCCAUGGGCACUGCCCACCUGGCAGAGCUGGACUCCAGGUCGAGGGGGUGAACCUGGCAGUGCAGCCCCAAGGGUUGCCGAUAUUCCUCCGGGAGCUCUGCAGCUCCGAGAACUGAGGUCUGAGGAGAGUUCCGAGCCCAAAGGCACCCAGAGCUCCAGGCCCGUGGGGUGCACUGACUCUGAAGGAGCAGAGGCUGGUCUACCACGCCUGGGCCAGCAAGCAUCAAGCUCUGGACCCACCUGCCUGAGGCCAGAGGAUGAGGAAGUAGAGGCUUUCCCAAAGGCCAAGCUGAACAUGGGCUUCGGGGACAGGCCCAAUCUGGAGCUGCUGAGGGCCCUGGGGGAGCUGCAGCAGCGCUGUGCCAUCCUUAAGGAGGAAAACCAGAUGCUGAGAAAGAGCAGCUUCCCUGAGACAGAAGAGAAGGUGCGGAGGCUGAAGAGGAAGAAUGCCGAGCUGGCGGUCAUUGCCAAGCGCCUGGAGGAGAGGGCCCGAAAGCUGCAGGAAACGAACCUGAGGGUGGUGAGUGCCCCCUUUCCCCGGCCGGGGGCCAGCUUGGAGUUGUGUCGGAAGGCCCUAGCCCGCCAGCGAGCCCGGGACCUCAGUGAGACAGCCAGUGCACUGCUGGCCAAGGACAAGCAGAUUGCUGCCUUGCAGCGGGAGUGCAGGGAGCUGCAGGCCAGGCUCACCCUGGUGGGCAAGGAGGGUCCCCAGUGGCUCCACGUGCGGGACUUCGAUCGGCUGCUGCGCGAGUCCCAGAGGGAGGUGCUGCGGCUGCAGAGGCAGAUCGCGCUGCGCAACCAGAGGGAGACGCCCCCACGCCCGCCGUCCCGGCCCCAGGGUCCUGCUCCCCAGGCCAGAGCAGGGGCGCCGGCUCCCGGGGCCCCGGGAGAGGCCACGCCCCAGGAGGAUGUGGACAACCUACCGGUGGUUCUAGGGGAGCCAGAGAAACAGCAGAGGGUGCAGCAGCUGGAAUCAGAGCUCAGCAAGAAGCGGAAGAAAUGCGAGAGCCUGGAGCAGGAAGCCCGGAAAAAGCAGAGGCGAUGUGAGGAGCUGGAACUGCAGCUGAGAGAAGUGCAGAAUGAGAAUGCCCGCCUGGUGGAGGAGAACUCCCGGCUCAGUGGGAGAGCCACAGAGAAGGAGCAGGUGGAGUGGGAGAAUGUGGAGCUAAGGGGCCAGCUCCUGGGGGUGACACAGGAGAGGGACUCAGCCCUUCGCAAGAGCCAGGGCCUGCAGAGCAAGCUGGAGAGCCUGGAGCAGGUGCUGAAGCACAUGCGGGAGGUGGCCCAGAGGCGGCAGCAGCUGGAGGUGGAGCAUGAGCAGGCUCGUCUCAGCCUGCGGGAGAAGCAGGAGGAGGUCCGGAGGCUGCAGCAGGCCCAGGCAGAAGCCAAGAGGGAACAUGAAGGGGCCGUGCAGCUGCUGGAGUCUACCCUGGAUUCCAUGCAGGCCCGGGUGCGAGAGCUCGAGGAACAGUGCCGCAGUCAGACCGAGCGCUUCAGCCUCCUGGCUCAGGAACUCCAGGCCUUCCGCCUGCACCCGGGCCCCUUGGAUCUGCUCACCUCUGCCCUGGACUGCAGGACGCUUGGAGACCGCCCACCACCCCCGUGCUGCUGCUCCACCCCCCAGCCUUGCCGGGGAUCUGGCCCCAAAGACCUUGACCUCCCGCCGGGCUCCCCCGGGCGCUGCACCACAAAGUCUUCUGAGCCUGCCCUUGCCACCCUCACUGGGGUCCCUCGAAGGACAACCAAGAAGGCAGAGUCUCUCUCCAACUCCUCCCGCUCCGAGUCCGUCCACAACAGCCCCAAGUCAUGCCCUACACCUGAGGUGGACACAGCCAGUGAGGUAGAGGAGCUGGAGGCGGACAGUGUCUCCCUGCUCCCAGCCGCACCAGAAGGCAGCCGGGGAGGAGCCAGGAUCCAGGUCUUCCUAGCGCGUUAUAGCUACAACCCCUUCGAGGGCCCCAAUGAGAAUCCAGAAGCAGAGCUUCCGCUGACAGCUGGCGAGUACAUCUACAUCUAUGGCAACAUGGAUGAGGAUGGCUUUUUUGAAGGCGAGCUCAUGGAUGGCCGAAGGGGCCUGGUCCCUUCCAAUUUUGUAGAGCGUGUGUCGGACGAUGACCUCCUGACCUCCCUCCCUCCAGAGCUGGCUGACUUGUCCCACAGCUCAGGGCCUGAACUCAGUUUCCUGAGUGUGGGUGGGGGUGGCAGCAGCAGCGGGGGCCAAAGCAGCGGGGGACGGAGCCAGCCCAGACCCGAGGAGGAGGAUGCAGGGGACGAGCUCAGUCUGAGCCCAUCACCGGAGGGCCUGGGCGAGCCUCCUGCUGUGCCUUACCCCCGCCGUCUGGUGGUCCUCAAGCAGCUGGCCCACAGCGUGGUGCUGGCCUGGGAGCUGCCUCCAGAGCGAGUGGAGCUACACGGCUUCCAUAUCUCUGUGAAUGGGGAGCUGCGACAGGCCCUGGGGCCCGGGGCGCCACCCAAGGCUGUGCUGGAGAACCUGGACCUGGGGGCCGGGCCCCUUCACAUUUCUGUCCAGGCCCUGACCAGCCAGGGCAGCUCCGACCCACUGCGCUGUUGCUUGGCGGUGGGUGCCCGGGCCGGAGUGGUACCCAGCCAGCUGCGGGUCCAUCGGUUGACAGCCACAUCUGCUGAGAUCACCUGGGUGCCCGGCAAUAGCAACUUGGCCCAUGCCAUCUACCUCAAUGGGGAAGAGUGCCCACCUGCCCGCCCCAGUACCUACUGGGCCACCUUCUGCCACUUACGGCCUGGCACACCCUAUCAGGCCCGAGUGGAGGCUCAGCUCCCACCCCAAGGGCCCUGGGAACCAGGCUGGGAGAGGCCGGAGCAGCGGGCUGCCACCCUGCAGUUCACCACACUCCCAGCAGGCCCGCCUGAUGCCCCCCUGGAUGUGCAGAUUGAGCCUGGGCCCUCCCCUGGGAUCUUGAUCAUCAGUUGGCUCCCAGUCACCAUUGAUGCUGCUGGCACAUCCAACGGUGUCCGGGUCACAGGCUAUGCCAUCUAUGCUGAUGGGCAGAAGAUCAUGGAGGUGGCCUCGCCCACGGCAGGCAGUGUGCUGGUGGAGCUGUCCCAGCUGCAGCUGCUGCAGGUGUGCCGCGAGGUGGUCGUGCGCACCAUGUCGCCCCACGCUGAGUCGGCAGACUCCAUCCCCGCUCCCAUCACUCCUGCCCUGGCUCCGGCCAGCCUGCCAGCUCGAGUCUCCUGCCCCUCACCACGACCAGGCCCAGAGGCCAGAGCACCCCUUGCUUCAGCCUCCCCAGGGCCUGGAGACCCCAGCUCUCCUCUCCAGCACUCUGGUCCCCUUGGAACUCAAGAGCCCCCAGGAGCACCCCCUGCAAGCCCUUCCAGAGAGCUGCCAAAAGGGGUCCACGAGGACCCUCCAGCACCUUGCUCCCAGGGGGAGGCUGGGGCAGCGGUGCUGGGCACCUCAGAGGAGAGGACAGCCACCACGUCCGCUCUGGAUGAGAAGGACCCUGGCCCCGCAGUUCCCUCACUGGCUGAGCAGGAGGCCGAGUGGACUGCAGGAGAGGCCUGCCCAGCCCCCAGCUCCGCUCAGGGAGCACUGGCCCCACAGGGGCUGAACACAGAGAUGUGCCAAGGAGGAGACCCAGGGUCUGGGCUGAGGCCCAGGGCUGAGAAGGAGGACACGGCAGAGCUUGGGGUUCAUCUGGUGAACUCCCUGGUGGACCACAGCCGAAACUCAGACCUGUCAGACAUCCAGGAGGAAGAGGAGGAGGAGGAGGAGGAGGAGGAGGAAGAAGAGCUGGGUUCCAGGACUUGCUCCUUCCAGAAGCAGGCUGCUGGCAACAGCACCAGGGAGAAUGGGGCCAAGUCCCAGCCCGAACCCCUUUGUGAGACUGACAGCGAUGAGGAGAUCUUGGAGCAGAUCCUGGAGCUGCCCCUCCAGCAGUUCUGCAGGAAGAAGCUAUUUAGCAUCCCCGAGGAGGAGGAGGAAGAGGAGGAGGAGGAGGAAGAGGAGGAUGAGGAGGAGAAGCCAGGGGCAGGCUGUUCUUCCCAAGACCCUGGCCAGCCUGAAUCUGCGUUGCUGGGGCUGGGCUGUGACAGUGGUCAGCCCCGAGGACCUGGCCAGUGUCCCUUGUCUCCUGAGCCCUCCAGGGCUGGAGACUGCCUGGAGGACAUGCCUGGAGGAAGCAGCCGGAGGAGAGGAGGGGGGUCCCCUGAGAAGCCCCCAAGCCGCAGGCGGCCUCCAGAUCCCCGUGAACACUGCAGCCGACUUCUCAGCAACAAUGGGCCCCAGGCCUCUGGACGACCAGGCCCCACAAGGGAGAGGGGUGGCCUCCCUGUAAUUGAGGGCCCCAGGACUGGACUAGAGGCUAGUGGGAGAGGGCGGCUGGGCCCUUCCCGGAGGUGCUCCCGUGGCUGGGCCCUGGAACCUGGCCUGGCCAGCUGCCUUUCCCCUAAGUGCUUGGAAAUCAGCAUUGAAUAUGAUUCGGAGGACGAACAGGAGGCGGGCAGCGGGGGCAUCAGCAUCACCAGCUCCUGCUACCCCGGAGAUGGGGAGGCCUGGGGCACAGCAACCGUAGGAAGGCCCAGGGGGUCUCCGAAGGCCAAUUCAGGCCCCAAACCCUACCCACGCCUCCCGGCCUGGGAGAAAGGGGAGCCAGAGCGGAGAGGCCGCAGUGCGACGGGCAGAGCCAAGGAGCCACUCUCCCGGGCGACAGAGACUGGAGAGUCCAGAGGGCAGGACGGCUCUGGGCGGAGGGGCCCCCAGAAGAGAGGUGCCCGAGUCCCCAGGCCAAGCAUUGCAGAGCUGGUCCCUGUGAGGAGCCCCUCGGAAGCACUGGCUUACCAGCACCUACCCAUCAGGAUCUUUGUGGCUCUAUUUGACUAUGACCCUGUGUCAAUGUCGCCUAAUCCCGAUGCUGGAGAAGAAGAGCUUCCCUUCCGAGAGGGUCAGAUCCUGAAGGUGUUUGGGGACAAGGAUGCCGACGGCUUCUACCGGGGCGAAGGUGGGGGCCGGACAGGCUACAUUCCCUGCAACAUGGUGGCUGAGGUGGCUGUGGACAGCCCUGCCGGGAGACAGCAGCUGCUCCAGCGGGGUUACUUGUCCCCAGAUAUUCUCCUCGAGGGCUCAGGGAAUGGUCCCUUUGUGUACUCCACAGCCCGCACAGCUGGGCCUCCUCCCAAGCCCCGCCGCUCCAAAAAGGCUGAGUCUGAAGGCCCUGGCCAGCCCUGUCCAGGCCCCCCCAAGCUGAUCCCCUCUGCUGACCUGAAAGCUCCCCGCUCCAUGGUGGCUGCAUUUGACUACAACCCCCGGGAGAGUUCCCCCAAUAUGGACGUGGAGGCAGAGCUGCCCUUCCGGGCAGGGGACGUCAUUACUGUGUUCGGAGGCAUGGACGAUGACGGUUUCUACUAUGGGGAAUUGAAUGGACAAAGGGGCCUGGUUCCAUCCAACUUCCUGGAGGGCCCUGGGCCUGAGGCAGGCAGCCUGGACAGGGAGCCCAGAACAUCCCAGGCUGAGAGUCAGAGAACGAGGAGGAGAAGAGUCCAGUGCUAGAUGGAGAUAGAUAUAUGUAGAGAGAAAGCAACAUGACUGGGUCUGUGCCACACAAGGGCCCCUGGGCCCCCCAGGUGGGCCUUGUGCCCCCAACCCUGGCAGCUCCCCCAGGAUUGAACGUGGGGAGCCCCCGGGCAGAAGCGAGAAGGUGUGGGGUCUCUUCUUCAAGGGGAAGCAGCUCCUCAGGAGGCUGGGCUCUGGGAAGAAGGAGUGAAGCUGUGGCCCAUCCUGCAGGAGGAAGAGGCGGAGAGGCCCCCAGAUCACCAUCUCUGCUGAGUAGGGAAGGCUCAGACUGGGCCCAGAGCCCCUGUUCUUCUGCAUUAACACUGUGGCACUCAGAGGGGACCAAAGAGCCUUGGUGAAGGUCAGGGCUCCUUAAGGACGAACUCUCUAGAGAAGCACCUUCCUCCUCCAGGAGGGGAAACUGAGCCCACAGUGAGUAUGUAACUUGAGCCAGGACUGGACCCAGGACCCUCGUGUCCUGGUCCACCCACCUCGUCUACUAGUGUCCUACCAUGCUGGGCUAGUCCCUUCUGACACCCUCCCCAGUCCCAGACGGGCCCUUGGGGGAGAAAGGAGCCUGUGACCCCCAUGGCUCUGGCUGUCCUGAUCAUGUCUUCCCUCCCCUGAAGGAAAGUUUGCACUGGAUUCUCUUGGAGCCCCACCUCCCCAGCGGGCAGGUGGGCGGAGCCGUGUAUAUAUGUACAUACUCAGUGCCUCCGUUCAGCUUCCUCCACCUCGCUUCCACCGCACAGGCCCGGGAAGGAGAAAGCCCAAACCAAAGUGGGCCCCACCCCGCCCCCAUCGUGCUGCACCCCUCCCUGUCGGGGCCUCCUGGCUCCUGUGUGGUCUCACCCGCAAAGACCCUGGGGCCAGCGAGCCAAAAGCAGGAGUUGGGUUUGCCUUAUUUUGCUCAUUGGAUUCAACUUCUCUUUUGCAUAGUUUUCUUCUCACCCCUGUUGGAGUCCAGGGGCUGGAGAAAAGGACAGAUUUAUGCAGCUAUUUUCAUACAUUCCCUGUUCAGAGCGGGGUAGGGGUUCUCCACCCUUACCCUACCCACUCCAUCCCCCAUCCUCUACUGGGUGAGGGUCUCUUUGCAUGUUCCCUUUGCUGUGGUGGGAGAUUGACUGAACCCCCACCCCCACUUUGGUCUUCAGGGGUGUGGAAUGGUGGGGGAAUUUGUUUAAAAAGACAUUUUAUUAUAAUAAAGUCUAUUUUCACAAAAUCUA